AGCCCGGCCGCCCCAGCCCCAGCCCAGCUGCUGCUCUGCCUCUAGCUCCCUGGGCUGCGGUUCUGGCCCCUCUGGCCGGCCCGGUUCUGCUCCCAGCACGGAUCUGCUGCCUGGGCUGGUUCUCUCUGGCCAGCCCGGCUCAGCUCCCCGGCCCGGCUCUGCUCCCCAGCUCAGCUCAGGCUCCUGCUCUCUCCUUCGCUCGCUUGCUCUGCUGUGGUCCAGGCAAUUUCAGCUCACAGGGAAGAUGGGACCCCCUGGCCUCCUGACCCCCCUCAUUAGCCUGUCCGCCCUGUCAGUCAGGCUGAUCUGAAGCGUUGGCCUCUCCCCAUUGUUCCUGGGGGCUGUCAGUCUCAGGGUCCUGAUUUCCCAUUGACCCUUCCCCUUUCCUCUGGCCCUGGGAGCUAGCAGCCAAAACCCCCACUGAGUGUUAGUGAGGGGCCCGCAGUCCCCUUACACCCACCUGACAGGUCCCUCUGUCUGCAGGGUGGUGCCUCCAGGCCUCCUGCCCCAGCAUGGACGAGGGGCAGGCCAGAGAGCUGCUGGGGUUCCUCCGCCUGGACACCCGGCCUGAUAUAAAGGGCCAGGCCACAGGCUACAUCCUGGGGCUGACGGGCAGCGUGGAGGGGCGGAUGCUGCUGGCGGGCAGGCCGGAUUUCCUGGAGGCGCUGCUGCGGCUGACGGGUGACCGCUCCUUGGCCGUGGUGAAGGACAGUUACCACUCGCUCAUCAACCUGUCUGUGGCUGCGGCCACCCACGGGGCCCUGGCCAAGGGGCUGCCAGCGCUGCUGCACCGCCUGCUGGACCCGGGCUACGCCUUCGCCGACCAGGUCUGCACCCUCCUCUCCAACCUGUCCCGGGAGGAGGCCACCUGCCGCCAGGUUUUCCGGGCCGUGCAGGAGGAGGGGCUGGGGCUGGCCCGGGUCGUGGAGGCGUUCUGCACCGAAGGCUACAACAAGAAGGCAGCCCUGCACUACCUGGGCCCCCUGCUCUCCAAUCUGAGUCAGCUGCCGGAGACCCGGGAGUUCCUGCUGGACAGAUCCAGGUGCGUGGUGCAGCGGCUGCUGCCCUACACGCAGUACGAGGCCUCCGCCGUCCGCCGAGGGGGGGUGAUUGGGACGCUCAGGAACUGCUGCUUCGAGUACAAGUACCAUGAGUGGCUGCUAGGCGCUGAGGUGGACCUGCUCCCCUUCCUCCUGCUGCCGUUGGCGGGCCCUGAGGAAUUCCCUGAAGCGGAAAUGGAAAGUGAGGAGGGGGGAUGCUGGGAGGGGGGCUCUGGGGACUACUGUUUGGGCGGGGGGUCUAGCAGUGGCGGAGUUGUGCAGCCAGGAACAAAGAAUUUAAUUGUCUUCUGCUCUCAUUUCCCCUCUGCUGGGGGGGGCGUUGCUGCAAUUUUCCGGCAGGAGCCUGUAGAUCCGUGUGCCCUGUUAAAUCCCCUGUCCUGUUCUAACGCCCCUGCCUGGCUCUGCCCCAGGGCUGCCCGUGGACCUGCAGUACCUGCCGCAGGACAAGCAGCGGGAGAAGGACCCCGACAUCCGGAAGAUGCUGCUGGAGGCAGUCCUGCUGCUCACAGCCACCAAGGCCGGCCGGCAGCUGGUGAAGGAGAAGGGCACCUACCUGGUCGUGCGGGAGCUCCACCAGUGGGAGACGGAGCCCGACGUCCUGGCUGCCUGCGAGAAGCUGAUCCAGGUGCUGAUUGGGGAUGAGCCUGAGGCUGGGAUGGAAAACCUGCUGGAGGUGAAGAUCCCCGAGGACGUGGAGGAGCAACUGCAGCGCUUGGAUCGGGAGGAGGAGCGGCAGCAAGGGCAGCAGGAGACGCAGAGCGAGGGGCCUGGGGCGCAGAUGGGCUCCCAGGGGCUGUCGAGGUGACUUGCUGACCUGCUUGCCCUGCCCCGGCAGCGGGGGGCGCUCGGACUCUGCCCAGCUGAGGGCUGCGACCUGCCAGCCGUCGUGGGAGCCACGCCCAGCCGGACCAAACGGAGCCGGAUGCAGCCACCCUUGCGAGGCCUGUAGAGACAGCAGCUCCCAGCUCAGCCUGGCGGCUCUGGAGCAGCAAGAGGGGACUGGGACUGGGAGCUCCUUCCCUUGAGGUUCCUUGCUGCGCUCCAGCCCACAUCAGUCGCCACUGCCUGACCCAGGCGAGAUGAAUCGGGGGGGUCCUCAGCCGGGCUCCGGAGGGCCAGGGUUCCCCCUUGCACAGUGCAGCAGUGCUGGCAAAGAGGGGCUGCUCGGCAGGGCAGGGCUGGGGCUUAAUGGGAGGUGGUGGUGCGCACACAAAGUGAUGCUGUUCCCCGGCUGUGGGGCUGCCCCCUGCCGUCAGCGUGGCUCAGAGGAAUGGCGGCGGGCGGCUGCCUGGGCUGUGGCCUGAGAUUCUCGCCUGCACCCAGUGCUGUGUCAGCCCCCCAUCCUGAACGGGCAGGUGCACAUGCUGAGCUGGUGUCCACACAGGUGAACCUGGCCUGGUGCCUCUGGGAAGCUGCUUCCAGCCCUGCCUGGGCACGGGCUGUGUCUCUAGCGAGGGGGAGAUGGACGCUGAGCCCCCGGAACAGCAGUAACCUGCCAUUUAAUUCCAGACGGGGGGAGGAUGGGGAGGCAGAGCCAGGGGCUGGGAGGCAGGAGCUGGACAGUGGCUUUGGGCUGGGUCCUGUUCUUAGCUGUUAAAUAUACUUGAGAGGCCAGACACCC